AUGUCUCCAGUCGAAGCAUCCACUAACGAAAAAGUUGAAUUCUUAAAAAGUUUGAAACCACAAAAUGUAGAGCCAUUAUGGACCGUUAUGUCUGCUAUGGUCCCACCGGUGCCCAAGCCAAGGGCUGUCCCCGCAGUUUGGAAUUACAAAAAAUUGAGACCUUUAUUGGUUGAAUCUGGCCGUUUAGUGCCAACUGAAGAAUCAGAAAGAAGAGUUUUGAUGUUGAUCAACCCAGCUUUGAAAGCCCCCCAAACUACUGACACAUUGUAUGCUGGUUUACAAUACAUCAACCCAGGGGAAGUUGCUCCAGCCCACAGACAUUCUGCUUUUGCUUUGAGGUUUAUUAUCGAAGGUGACGGUGGCUACACUGCUGUUGAAGGUCAAAGAAUCUACAUGGAAAGAGGUGAUGUUAUAUUGACUCCAAGAUGGGACUGGCAUGACCAUGGCAAGGAAGGUGAUGGUCCAAUGAUUUGGUUGGAUGGUCUUGACUUGCCAAUGUUCCAAGCCAUUCCUGUGAAUUUCGCUGAACACUACCAUGAAGAAUGUUAUCCAGCUGAAACUGUUGCUGAAUCUAACAUCAAGUUCCCAUGGAAGAUUACCCAAGACUACCUUGAUUCUAUUGAAAGUGACUAUGCUGUUUUUGAUUACACCGGCCAAAACAAAGCACCGUUGUCAACCAUUCUUACUGCUCAAGCUGAAAGAGUCAAUGUUGGAAGUUCAAGUGAAUGGCGCCAAGAAAACUCUUCAUUUGUCUACCAUGUUUAUGAAGGUGCUGGUUACACUGCUAUCGAGGAAGACAAUGGUGAGGAAACAAUCUUGAGAUGGGAAGGUAAGGAUACCUUUUGUAUUCCUGCUUGGAAAAGGUUCAAACAUGUCAAUGACGGUGUCCAAACUGCUUACCUUUUCUCUUUCAACGACUCUCCUUUGCUUAAGAAUUUGGCUAUCCACAAAACUGCUGCAAAUUAA